UAAAAAAAAAAGAAAGAAAAUGUCAACCUUAUCUAAUAAUCAUUAUAAUCAAUGUAUUGAAUGUAAAAAAAAAAAUAAUCAAAUUGAAGAAUAUGAUAAGAUCAUUUCAAAUUUAAGAGCAAAAGUUAUUAGUGCACAAGAUGAAUUAUUACUCGCUCAAAAAGAAAUUAUUGAAUAUCAAAGAUUACUAAAUCUUAAAAGAAUCAACUAUAUUAACUCUGUUUCUAAUCUUAAUGGUAAUAAUUCGGAUCAAUGCCAUAUUUCAAGUGAACAAAGGGACUUAGUUAAUAAGGAUCGAUUCAAACUCUUUUUUGGAAAUAUCAUACCGCCAAUUACAAGGAACGUUCUUAUUGAUCAUAUUGAAACUGCUUUUGGACGUGUUAUAGAAUAUCAUAAAGACCCAGUUUCGCCAUUUGCUUUUAUUAAUUUUGCUGACGCAAGUGGAUAUAAUGCUGCACUUAAUCAAGGAAGCAUCCGGAUAAAGGGAGUGAAUGUUCGUAUUGAAGUGCUUCGUUCAAGAAAGUUUAACUAGUCUAAUUAGUAUUAUAUUAUAUAUGUAAUUUCGAGAAUUAUUUGUAAAUAAAGAAAAAAAAUAAUAACAUUUGUGAGUCCUUCACAAGAAUCUAAUCAGUUGAUGUGAAUACAUAAUUACAUAUGCAGCAUUAUGUAAUUAUGGGUCU